AUGCUCGCACCGCUCUCUCAUCUGUAUCUCGGCAGCGCCAUCAUCAGUUUCCUGGCUGCCCUCUCGACCGCUCUUACCGUCUUUUUUAUCACCGCGCCAACUCAAUAUGAUCCGUAUGCAGAAGCAGAUGCCCCACCUAGCAAGGAUGGAGAAGAGCCCAGAUCUGCGAAUGGGAAGAGGCGGAAGGUCAAGACCUCGGUGCAGGUAGUCGUCUUGGGGGACAUCGGUAGAAGCCCCCGAAUGCAGUAUCAUGCGUUGAGUAUAGCAAAGCGUGGAGGCAAAGUCGAUCUCAUAGGGUACAAAGAAUCCGACGUCCAUCCGGAUAUUGCAUCCAACCCAUUGAUCAGCGUCAUUCCCCUCGCGCCCGUGCCAGAGGGUCUGCGGGCAAAAAGCGCUCCCUCAUUUCUACUCUUGGCGCCACUCAAGGUUCUCUGGCAGACAUGGACUCUAUACUAUGCGCUGGGAUACCGCACGCGGCCGGCACGGUGGAUGCUUGUGCAAAAUCCUCCUGCAGUGCCCACGCUCGCUGUUGCGGCAUUUCUAUGUUUCUUCCGUAAUACCAGUCUCAUCAUUGACUGGCACAAUUUUGGCUAUUCAAUUCUUGCCCUGAGACUUGGAGCUGGGCACCCACUUGUCAAGAUAUCUCAGCUAUACGAGGGGCUUCUAUCUCGGUUCGCGGCAUCCCACUUCGCUGUGACGAAUGCAAUGGCGAGAGUGUUAGAAGAGAAGCACGGCAUUACCGCAUCGCCACUCCAUGACAGACCAACCAAAGACUUCCAGCCACUCGUGUCAGAGGAGCGCUUCGAGUUCCUAUCGAGGCUACCGGAAACAGCUCAAUAUGCUGAAGACAUCAAGCAAGGCCAAUGGAAGCUGGUCGUAAGCUCAACGUCCUGGACGCCGGAUGAAAACUUCUCUAUCCUGCUGGAUGCGCUGGUCGGCUAUUCGGCCAAGGCAGUCACCAAGACGAAUCUGCCGAAGCUUAUCGCUAUCAUCACCGGCAAAGGUCCGCAGAAGGAGCACUAUCUAUCUAAAAUUAAAGCUCUCAACCAGGAGAAGAAGCUUCUCAAUGUUAUUGUCCUCACCGCAUGGCUCAGUACUGAAGACUACGCCAAAUUGCUCGGGUCUGCCGAUCUCGGCAUCUCUCUCCACACCUCGUCAUCAGGCGUGGAUCUUCCCAUGAAGGUGGUGGAUAUGUUUGGUGCUGGCCUUCCCGUCCUAGGCUGGAGCAAAUAUGAGGCCUGGCCAGAGCUGGUGACGGAAGGCGUCAACGGGAUGGGUUUCGGAAGUGCGGAGGAGCUUGGUGGCCUUCUAGUGAAGCUUUUGGGGGAGGAUAGAAAGAAUCUGCAAAACUUGAGAGAUGGUGCUCUCGAAGAGAGCAAGAGGGGUUGGGACGAAGAGUGGGAUGCUGUUGCAGGGAAGAAGUUGCGAUUGGUUGCAUAG